AUGGACGCGGUGCGCACGUACCUGGCUGGCGUGCUGCAGGGGCGCGCGGCGCCACGGGCCGCCCCGGCCAGUGUCGCACCCCUGCUAGGCCCGCGCGAGGCGAGUGCGCUGCGGGCACUUGGUCUGGAUGCGCUCGUACAGAGCGCCCUGAUGCAGGCAGCCACGGACGUGUUGCAUGAGGCGGCCGCGCGCGCGACGAGGCAAGGUGCGCAUACGGUGGCGGCGUACCCCGCGCUGCAGGCGCUCUUGCGGGAUGAGCUCAUGCCGGCGCUCACCGAGGUGCUCGAGGCGCGCCCUGCGCACGCCGUGCUGGGCACGGGUGCUGCGAGCGGUGCCGCGGACGUGUGGGACGUGAGCGUGUCGUACGCGCCGGACGAGGGCCUCGCGCCUGCCGAGCAUGCGUCGCUGUAUUUGCGCCUCGACUACUCGCUCGCCCAUGCGAUUGGCACGCAGCGUCUCCAGCAGGUGUACGAGCUCGUGCGCGAAUACCCACGCAGCCAGGCCGCGAUGGAGGAUGUGGUCGUGUGGCUAGAGCAGACGGGCGAGCGGGCCGAGCUCGUGCGGGCGCUGGCGCAGGCCCUGCAUGUGUGCCUGCUGCACCCGGGCGUCGAUACGCAUGCGAUUCUGGUGUACUACGUGAACAUCGUGUACGCGCUUCGGCUCGUCGACUCUACUGGUGUCGUGCUUUCCCAAGUGCUGCCGCCCGUGCAGAGCUACCUGCGCACACGCAAGGACACGAUCGAAGCGGUAGUACAUGCGCUGCUCGGCGAUGACCCUGCGUUCCAGCUGCUGCGCACUGAGCUGGAGCAGGGCGCGCUGGGCGAUGCAGACGACGGGCACGCGCCGGACGCGGACGCCGAGGCGACCGACGAGCAGUACACGCGGCCCGAGUACUGGGCGGACCCGACGUGGGCCCCGCGCCCGGUGGACGCGGGGCCGGCGUACAGCCAGAUGCGCUCGCGCGAUGUGAUUGGACUGCUCGUUUCGAUCUUUGACGACCGCGACGGGUUCCUGCAGGCGCUCGAGCGGCACACGGCGCAGCAGCUCGUGCAGACGAUCGACUAUGACACGCGGCGAGUGCAGCGCAACAAUGCCAUCUUCAAGCGGCGGCUCGGUGCGAGCAGCCUGCACCCGUGCGAUGUGAUGCUGGCGGAUGUGGCGGCAUCCCAUGCGCUGGAUGAGCGCUUUCACCGCGAUGCACAGGCGGGGCCAGAUGCUCAGGCCGUGCACCCCCUCAUUGUGUCGCGACAGUUUUGGCCCGCGAUCGAUACGCGCACCUAUACCCUACCGCGACGCCUCGCCGAAGCGCUCGAGGCGUGCGCUGCGUUUUAUGCGCAUAUCCACCCUACCAAGCGCGUGCGUUGGCUACCGCAUAUCGGCACAGUCGAUGUGGCUAUUGACAUGGACGAUGGGCGGCGCAUCGAGGCGCGUGUGACGCCGCUCCAGGCCGCCGUGGCCGAGCUCGUGGCGGGACUCGGCGAGGCAGAGAUCACCGCUGACAAUGUCGCGGCGGCGCUCGGCCUCGAGCGCGAGAGCGCCACGGCCGCUAUGCGCUUUUGGGUUGCGCGCCGCGUCCUGCGCGAGCUGCCCGCGCCGGCUGUCGGCGUGUUUGAGCGUGCGGAUGCACCUAUGCCGCCGGCCGGAGCACAUGCAUGA